UCCUGACACGUGAAAGCUCCCGCAGGACCAUAAUCCGUCCAUGCAUCCAUGUCCUCCAACUAUAGUGCGUUCUGGUCCUGGAGCCAGAGGAAAAGUGGAGGGGUGAGGAAUCUAGGGGCAGAUUGAUUUUCUCGGGGGCAGUAACUGGCCAGAGUGGCUUUAAGGGACUUCAAAGGCAGGAUUGGAAAAACUUGCCUGGAAAUCGGAAUGUUUUUCUCCUAAUGUUGACUUGCCGUUUGCCUCUUUCACAUAUAAACCCCGUUUAGUAAGUUUGAAACACUUUAAGGCGCAAAAUGGCUGAGCCGCUGAGUUUCAUGCAUCAUGAUCAGGGCUCCAGCAGCGAGCGGAGUGACGACUCACCGUCUGCCGUGUCUGAGGAUGACUCUAGCGGCCACUGCGGCCACAUCUCCCCGCCUGACCCAGACUGGACCGAGGAAAGGUUUCGAGUUGACCGCAAGAAACUAGAAACUAUGUUACUGGCGGCCAGUGAGGGGAGGAUAAAUGGAGGAGAGGAUUUUUUUCAGAAGGUCAUGGAUGAAACCAACACUCAGAUCGCCUGGCCGUCCAAACUGAAGAUUGGAGCAAAGUCCAAAAAAGAUCCACAUAUUAAGGUCAGUGGAAAAAGGGAAGAUGUGCGAGAGGCAAAAGAGAAAAUAAUGUCCGUUCUUGACACAAAGAGUAAUCGUGUGACCCUGAAGAUGGACGUCUCACACACGGAGCACUCGCAUGUUAUUGGGAAAGGAGGGAAUAACAUCAAGCGAGUGAUGGAAGAGACGGGCUGUCACAUACACUUUCCUGACUCCAAUAGGCACAGCCAGGGGGAGAAGAGCAACCAGGUGUCAAUAGCAGGGCAGCUGACUGGCGUAGAAGCAGCGAGAGUUAAAAUACGGGAGCUGUUGCCAUUGAUGCUGAUGUUCGAAUGCAGUGGUUUGGUGCAGCAUGUGGACUGUAGCUCUCCUGUAGUUCAGCAUAUCUCCCACACUUACAACGUCUCCAUCUCCUUCAAACCUCCCUCCCGUCUCUAUGGCAACACCGCCAUCGUCCGUGGCAACCAGAACAAUGCCAGUGGCGUUAAGCGCGGUACGGCUUUGUUAUUGGAGCACCUCGCUGGGUCUUUGGCCAGCUCAGUGCUGGUCAGCACACAACUGGACAUCGCACCCCAGCACCACAAUUUCCUUCUGGGCCGCAAUGGAGCCAACGUCAAGAACAUCUCCCAGCGCACUGGGGCCCACAUACACUUCCCCGAGCACAACACACACACUAGCCGCUCAGCCAUCUACAUACAGGGCAGCAUUGAUGCUGUAUGUGCGGCUAGACAGCAGCUAAUGAAUGGAGCAGUGAACAACUCACAGCACAUUUAUACACACUCACAUACACCUGCUCACACACAUUCACAUGUUACUGGUCACACAGCUUCACUUUGGGCCAGUGCACUCAGUUCAACAGCUAACACAGCAGGGUUCUCCACAGACUUGAUGCUGCAGUCAGUGUCUCAGUCGACUCUCGGUGGUCUUCUGCUCUCUGGGGUCCAGAGUCAAGCACACACUCACACACCGCCCCCUCCACCUGGACUCGCACCAAUACACAAACCAGCCAGUGCAGAACAUCUCAAUGGACAUCUCGCCAGUUCUGUGUACAGUCGAAUCUCCUCUGUAUCACUGAACUCUGCCCACUGCUCAGAUACGUUUGUUGAAGUGGGCAUGCCCAGAAGCCCAUCUCACUCAGCUAAUGGGAUUGAGCUGAAGCAGAUGCUGGCCUCGUCAGGGAAACGACAAACAGUGGAACUUCUGCAGAGAACCAAGAACUCACUUCUUCAGUUCCUAAUAUUGGUUUGGGAGUUUCCAGCAAUAGCUGGUCUUCUAAGGUCGUCUGUCAGCCCCAUUCCUAAUGGUUCCCCGAACCCAAAGUGUGUUCUUAAUGGGCACGGCUCUGUGUUAAACAUUCAGAAUGGAGCAGUGAACAACUCACAGCACAUUUAUACACACUCACAUACACCUGCUCACACACAUUCACAUGUUACUGGUCACACAGCUUCACUUUGGGCCAGUGCACUCAGUUCAACAGCUAACACAGCAGGGUUCUCCACAGACUUGAUGCUGCAGUCAGUGUCUCAGUCGACUCUCGGUGGUCUUCUGCUCUCUGGGGUCCAGAGUCAAGCACACACUCACACACCGCCCCCUCCACCUGGACUCGCACCAAUACACAAACCAGCCAGUGCAGAACAUCUCAAUGGACAUCUCGCCAGUUCUAUGUACAGUCGAAUCUCCUCUGUAUCGCUGAACUCCGCCCACUGUGACACAUCCCAGGAAGUCAUUGGACACUCCCAAUCAGAAUCCAUUUCCAAUAAAUCUGCAGAUGAAGGCUCAGAUACAUUUGUUGAAGUGGGCAUGCCCAGAAGCCCGUCUCACUCAGCCAAUGGGAGUGAACUGAAGCAGAUGCUGGCCUCUUGCACUGUGUCAUCAGGAAAACGACAAACGGUGGAACUUCUGCAGAGAACCAAGAACUCACUUCUUCAUGUUGAGUGUGUGUUGGCCGAUUCUGAUAGUGAGAAUCCAGUGGCUGACAAAAGAGCACCAGGAAGCGAGAGAGCUGCAGAAAGACGACUUGCACCACAUAUGCAGGCUUUUGACUAUGAGAAAAAGAAGCUACUGGCCACUAAAGCCAUGCUGAAGAAGCCAGUUGAGACGGAGAUUCGAACCCCCACAAAUACCUGGAGUGGGUUGGGUUUCUCUAAAUCAAUGCCAGCGGAGAGCAUGAAAGAGCUGCGCAGGGCACACCAUGUGCCGUAUAAACCCAGCAUAAGCACUACUUAUGAGGACUCUCAUCUCUCUGUCUCACACUCUGGGAGUCAUGAGGGUUUGGGUAAUGACACCAAAUCCGGUAAUUGGGGGGAUUUGAAUGGGAACGUUAACAUCAAUGGAAACGGACUGCCAGGAAAUUCUGAAUUUUCCCCUGCUGUCAGCAGCCCAAAGAGAAUCAAGAACAAAUCUUGUGAGCAGUAUCUCAGCAGCAGUAAUUAUAUGGACAGUAUCUCUAUGUCUGGCAGCAAUGGCUGCUCUCUCAGUUCAUCUUUCAAAGGAACAGAUCUCCCUGAGCUUUUUAGCAAACUCGGUCUCGGCAAAUACACAGACAUCUUCCAGCAGCAGGAGAUUGAUCUGCAAACAUUUGUCACACUAACGGAUCCAGACCUAAGGGAACUGGGAAUCACAACAUUUGGUGCUCGCCGGAAAAUGUUACUGGCGAUCUCAGAGCUGAAUAAGAGCAGGAGGAAGCUCUUUGAGACGCCCAACAUUUGCUCCUCCUUCCUAGAAGGCGGGGCCAGUGGUCGUCUGUCGCGCCAGUUCCACUCGGACAUGGCGAGCAUCAGUGGUCGCUGGUGAUCUCUUACCUGUGGGAAUGUGGACCACAAACCACUUCAUACUGGACUGGACCGAUUGAUACAGAAAGGCAUAAAGUGAUGCAGAUUCUCUCACAUCUAAAA